UGGCUGGCCCGCGUUGUCGCGAGAAGCAGCGGCCGGGGGCGUCUGCGCCGACAAACCGAAGUGUAAGCUGACGGCCCGAGAUAUCGCCGCCAAGCUGGGAACCGGGGAGAUGGCCGAGACCGACCCCAAGACUAUGCAGGACAUCACCUUGGUGGUGGAGACGCUCUUGCAGCAGAUGCAGGAUAAAUUCCAGACCAUGUCCGACCAGAUCAUUGGGAGAAUUGAUGACAUGAGCAGUCGCAUUGACGAUCUGGAGAAAAACAUCGCCGACCUCAUGACACAGGCUGGGGUGGAAGAGCUGGAAGGUGAAAACAAGAUACCUGCCACACAGAAGAGUUGAAGGCUGCCAAUAAUUCACACUGAGAUUUGGAGCACCAUUUUUUCAAGCCCGGAAAACCCAAGUGGCUUUCUGAACCUAACAUCUCUGUGUAGACAGGUUUUGUAAAGUGUGUUCUUACCACAUCCUGUAUAGUUAGUUUAUAUAGACUGACCUUCCCCCCUCCCCCUAGUUUCUCAGACACAGUAUCUUCACAUCUUAGAACCUGGUCAGUUAUCUCUUAAUUAUUAAACACUAAAAUUUUGUUGGUUCCUGCAUAAAAUUGUCAAAUUUUUUAGUGUAUUUUUGUGAAGUCAUUUUUCUCCUGCUGUUCUUUUUAGUAGUUGCUGUUUGAUAAAAGUGGCUGUAUAAUUUUUAUUAGGUAAAUAGUAAAUCGUUCCCUUGUUGGUAGAUUCAGUGAAGUGAAACAUUUGUAGAGUUUAGAGUUCUUUUAUUUUCAGCACAAAGUGACUAUUGAGCUAACACUAAAUAGAGUGUUGAAAAUACUUCUCAGAUGGCUGAGAACGUUUUUAAAUGUCUGUGUAGAAGUAUCUGUCACUACUCUGCUGCCAAAACUCAGAGUUGAACCACAGCUUGUGACUAAGUCUGAGAUGAGAUGCUGAAACCAGCAAGAGGUAACCAUUGCCACUCUACACCCAGGGCUUUGAAAACACAGCAAGUGAGCCAACAGCCUGAAGCAUGGUGGCAUUCAUUUGUGAGAUUUGCAUGAGAUUCUAGUAACUUCAGAGGGCUCCAUCUAUGUUCAUUGACAGUGAUUACCAGAAAACAGUCUAACAGGAUCUUAAAACCAGGUAAUUCCAUCCUUUCUUUGAGCUACUGACUGGAAAAGUGGAAAGAGACCACGUGACUCUAUGCCAAUCACAUGGGUCAAUAAUGAUGUGUGGCUGGUAGGAGGCUCUGGUUUUUAAAAAAUAAUAUUUUACUUGAACUGUUUCUUGCCUAAAUUCUUGCAGAGUAAAAAUUUUAUUAUUGAUUAUAGAAGACAGAUAAUAAACUCUUGUCAUUGAAAAUUCCAGUGUCUGGAGUGCCAAGCCUAGAAAGCGCUUCUGAUGACCUGGAAGGUGAUCCAUGUCACUGUUCCCACAAAGUGAUUUCAUACAAUAAAAACAUGAAUACGUGGAAAAGCUGAGGAACUGAGUGGUCCUUCCUAGAGGAAAGCCCCUAAUGGACAGGAUGUUCAAGUCUCCCUUGUCCCCAAUUUCAUUUUUGUUGUAGACAUUUAACAUUAAGAAUUUUGCCUUGCUUCUGAAUUCUAUGGGGAGUGCACAGAAUGAAGUGUGUCACUAAGCUUGUUCUCCAGUGGCAGGAACUCUUACCAAGCCAGUCAGUGGUGCUGUGGGUUUAGCCUCUGAAGCUGAGCCUGACCAACAGGAACCUGUCUGCUGGACAUUUCCAGUCCUCAGAAAUGAAUGGAAACGCUGGGGCUGCUGGUGUUGGAAGGACAUUGGAGGCUGAGGGAGGCGAUGGUGUCCUUAAGGAACAGAUUUCAGAGGCAGCACCCCUCCCAUCCACCAAAAGUACCUGCCAUAAAUAAAGGUGCCUAGAAUCCUGCA